AUGGAGGGCGAGUAAGUCCUUAUCUUUUUAUUAAUAGAAUAUUACAUGAAAUCAAUUUAGCUUGGUCAUUACAUGAAUCUCUGAUAACCACCGAUGUUACACCAGAAGGCAACCUCAGGACAGACAAAGGUACGGUCUAUUGAUAUAGCUGAGGAUAAACACCAUUACGUAGUGUUGAAUCAACAGUAUACACCCCAUUCCCGAUAUAUUCACGCAAAUAUGUGAUAAAUAUGCAUAUAUGAUUCGGUUACAUGGGCGCUACAAUAUUAAACGGUGUAAAGACAGGAUUCAAUACCGUAUCAAAGACAACACGGCUUCUAAUCGAAUGAUAAAAACCCACUGUGAGAAAUACCAGAUAAUAGUCACGCAGUGGCGAGGACUUCUAUUUAACCAUGAAAUAAAUCAGUCAAUGUGUAAAAUGUAUUGAAGAAAUUGACAAAAUAUGGCGAGUUUUGGCCAAGCUCUCGUCAUUCACAGACACAGGAUCCGGCAAACCUAGGGAGGGAUGCUGGCGAUGGGAUUUUUAUCAACGCGUCUCGGGUUUCAUUAUGAUUUUUAAAGCCCAACUUUAUGAAUGAAAUGUGAUUUUUCUCUCGCCCUCUUCCUCAACCCCUCCCCUCCUUCCCUUUCUCAUCGCCCCCUCCCCCAUCUCUCUUUCUAUACCCACUCAUCUCUCCUUUUUCCAAACGAUUGCAUUUUUUUCUUCUUCGAGAUAUUGCAAAUCCGUUUAAAUCACUGUGUUUUAUUGUAUUUCAUUCAUAAAAUAACGAAUAUCAGGAUGUGUUAGCGAGCGAGUGCGUGUAGCAGCCAAGUGUGUGAUGAACAGGCAGGAGGAGGAGAGGAGAACGCAAUGUCUUACAAUUAUUGCAACAAUAAUGGGAAUCCUAUGUAAUACAAAUGUAACGAUAUGAUGCCCGUGUCUUAGCAGCUCUGUCGAUCCACGGUGAUGGAAUUUAAAACACUCAUUCAUUGUGCAUCUGGCGGACUAGAGGAGAAGGAGAGGGUUGUGCUGCGAGAUACAGGGCCUCGCACGGAUGGCGAAUGGGCGCGUUCAUUGAUACAUCUGGGAAACACUCCUUCUUGCUCCCAACUCCCAUUCGGUCAUUCUCGCCUUGCCUCAAUAUUUCUCUCAUUCCGUGCCAUUUCCUCGUGACACUACAUUACUCAGGAAUAAGAGUCGUGGUCGUUCUAAAACAAAUCCUGAUAUGGUUUAUUUUGUGCUGUACAAUAAUAUAAUAUUCACUCCAACGUUGUGUUUUCAUUGGUGCAGUCAUCACAUCCUAGGCGAGAUUAGAUUUACCUUGCCCACGUGACCCUCCAUUAUAAAAACCUGUCCGCUUCCGUCCUUCCUACCAUUGAUAUCUAUGGUGGGGCUCAAGAGUCCUAGUGUGGUUAUGCUAUGCUUCUAUAUGAGUAGGCCUACUGAGGUUAGGAAAUAGAAAGACAUUAUGACUAAAAAUAAAUACAUGUAAGAUGGAGGAGUGAUUUUUAAAAAAAUUCAUCUUCACGUUUUGAAACAUGAGAAGGAUGUUGAUAAAACAGUUAGGUAAUGCUUGACAUCAGAGCCAGUGUCAACAGACCAUAGCAUAUUCCAUAUCAUGAUUAUGUUGUAAUUUGUAACAUGAUGAUUGUUUUUUUCUUGGGUAUAUCUCUCUGUCUGUCUAUAUCUCUCUGCCUGUCUAUAUCUCUCUGUCUGUCUAUAUCUCUCGGUCUGUCUAUAUCUCUCGGUCUGUCUAUAUCUCUCUGUCUGUCUAUAUCUCUCUGUCUGACUAUAUCUCUCUGCCUGACUAUAUCUCUCUGUCUGUCUAUAUCUCUCUGUCUGUCUAUAUCUCUCUGUCUGUCUAUAUCUCUCGGUUUCUGCCGACUAUAUCUUCUUUGUCAAUCUCUGGUCUGUUAUAUCUCUCUGCCUGUCAAAAUCUCUCUGUUGUUAUAUCUCUCUGUCGUCUAUAUCUCUUGUUGUCUAUAUUUUCUCGGGCCUGUCAUACUCCUUUUGUCUAUAUCCCCUCUCCCGUUUUUAUUCUUGCCUGUUUAUCCUCUCCCUGAAUAUCUCUCGUCUUUUAUUUUCUUCUGCCGGGUCUAUAUUCUGGUUUGUCUAUAUCUCUCUCCCUGUCUAUAUUCUCUGCCUUUUCUAUAUCUCUGGGUUUGGGGUCUAUAUCUCUCUGCCUGUCUAUUUUCUUUUGCCUGUCUAUACUCUCUAUCUGUCUAUUCUUUCCCUUGUCUAUAUUCUCUGCAUGUCUUUUAUCCCCUUGUCUGUCAAAAUCUCUCUGUCUGUCUAUAUCUCUCUCCCUGUCUAUAUCUCUCUAUUGUCUAUAUCUCUUCCCUGUCAAUCUCUCUAUUUUUUCUAUAUUUCGUCUGUUAAUCUCUUCCCGGUUAUAUCUUCCUGUUAUAUUCUCUCUUCUGUCUAUAUCUCUUGUCUUUUUAUAUUCUCGGUUUGUUAUAUCUUCGGUUGUCUAAUCUUUUUUGACUAUACUCUCUCCCGACUAUAUCUUUUGUCUGUCUAUUUUCUCUCUUUUUGUCUAAUCUCCUGUCUGUCUUUAAAAUUUUCGGUCUGUCUAUAUCUUCGGUUGUCUUUUAAUUUUCUUGUUGGUUAAUAUCUUCUGUCUGUCUAUAUCUUUUGGGCUGUCUAUAUCUCUUGUUGUCAUAUCUCUCUGCCGGGUCUAAAUUCUCUGGUCUGUCAUAUCCUCUAUUGUCUAAUCUCUCUGUCGUCAUUUUUCCCCUUGUCCUAUAUUCUCUUUGUCUAUUAUCUUGUUGUUAUACCCCUCUCGCCUAAAAUCCCCUUGGGCCGUUUUAAAAUCUCUUUUUAUAUGAAUGCUUAUCCAUUUUUUUUAUAAUAGGUUUUGCCCCGGGUAAAAAAAUUUUCUACUAUGUUCAUUUCACAUUUAACCGGUUGCCUCUGCAUCUUUGUAAACAGAGCAAUCAAAUUGUAUUAUGCAUUAAUAUUAUAUAGUUAUAUAGGGGGGUUGUGUAAUAUAUAGUUAUAUAGGGGGGUUGUGUAAUAUAUAGUUAUAUAGGGGGGUUGUGUAAUAUAUAGUUAUAUAGGGGGGUUGUGUAAUAUAUAGUUACAGUGAGGGAAAAAAAGUAUUUGAUCCCCUACUGAUUUUGUACGUUUGCCCACUGACAAAGACAUGAUCAGUCUAUAAUUUUAAUGGUAGUUUUUUUUUAACAGUGAGAGACAGAAUAACAACAAAAAAAUCCAUAAAAACGCAUGUCAAAAAUGUUAUACAUUGAUUUGCAUUUUAAUGAGGGAAAUAAGUAUUUGACCCCUCUGCAAAACAUGACUUAGUACUUGGUGUCAAAACCCUUGUUGGCAAUCACAGAGGUCAGACGUUUCUUGUAGUUGGCCACCAGGUUUGCACACAUUUCAGGAGGGAUUUUGUCCCACUCCUCUUUGCAGAUCUUCUCCAAGUCAUUAAGGUUUCGAGGCUGACGUUUGGCAACUCGAACCUUCAGCUCCCUCCACAGAUUUUCUAUGGUAUUAAGGUCUGGAGACUGGCUAGGCCACUCCAGGACCUUAAUGUGCUUCUUCUUGAGCCACUCCUUUGUUGCCUUGGCCAUGUGUUUUGGGUCAUUGUCAUGCUGAAAUACCCAUCCACGACCCAUUUUCAAUGCCCUGGCUGAGGGAAGGAGGUUCUCACCCAAGAUUUGACGGUACAUGGCCCCGUCCAUCGUCCCUUUGAAUGUGGUGAAGUUGUCCUGUCCCCUUAGCAGAAAAACACCCCCAAAGCAUAAUGUUUCCACCUCCAUGUUUGACGGUGGAAUGGUGUUCUUGGGGUCAUAGGUAGCAUUCCUCCUCCUCCAAACACGGCGAGUUGAGUUGAUGCCAAAGAGCUCGAUUUUGGUCUCAUCUGACCACAACACUUUCACCCAGUUCUCCUCUGAAUCAUUCAGAUGUUCAUUGGCUAACUUCAGACAGGAAUGUAUAUGUGCUUUCUUGAGCAGGGGGACCUUGCGGGCGCUGCAGGAUUUCAGUCCUUCACGGCGUAGUGUGUUACCAAUUGUUUUCUUGGUGACUAUGGUCCCAGCUGCCUUGAGAUCACUGACAAGAUCCUCCCGUGUAGUUCUGGGCUGAUUCCUCACCGUUCUCAUGAUCAUUGCAACUCCACGAGGUGAGAUCUUGCAUGGAGCCCCAGGCCGAGGGAGAUUGACAGUUAUUUUGUGUUUCUUCCAUUUGCGAAUAAUCGAACCAACUGUUGUCACCUUCUCACCAAGCUGCUUGGCGAUGGCCUUGUAGCCCAUUCCAGCCUUGGGUAGGUCUACAAUCUUGUCCCUGACAUCCUUGGAGAGCUCUUUGGUCUUGGCCAUGGUAGAGAGUUUGGAAUCUGAUUGAUUGAUUGCUUCUGUGGACAGGUGUCUUUUAUACAGGUAACAAACUGAGAUUAGGAGCACUCCCUUUAAGAGUGUGCUCCUAAUCUCAGCUCGUUACCUGUAUAAAAGACACCUGGGAGCAAGAAAUCUUUCUGAUAGAGAGGGGGUCAAAUACUUAUUUCACUCAUUAAAAUGCAAAUCAAUUUAUAACAUUUUUGACAUGCGUUUUUCUGGAUUUUGUUGUUAUUCUGUCUCUCACUGUUCAAAUAAACCUAACAUUAAAAUUAUAGACUGAUAAUUUCUUUGUCAGUGGGCAAACGUACAAAAUCAGCAGGGGAUCAAAUACUGUUUUCCCUCACUGUAUAUGGGGGGGUUGUGUAAUAUCAUAUAGUUAUAUAGGGGGGUUGUGUAAUAUAUAGGUUAUAUAGGGGGGUUGUGUAAUAUAUUUAUAGGGGGGUUGUGUAAUAUAUGUUAUAUAGGGGGGUUGUGUAAUAUAUCGUUACUAUUGGGGGGGUUGUGUAAUAUAUAGUUAUAUAGGGGGGUUGUGUAAUAUAUAGGUUAUAUAGGGGGGGGUUGUGUAAUAUAUAGUUAUAUAGGGGGGUUGUGUAAUAUCAUAUAGUUAUAUAGGGGGGUUGUGUAAUAUCAUAUACAGUGGGGGAAAAAAGUAUUUAGUCAGCCACCAAUUGUGCAAGUUCUCCCACUUAAAAAGAUGAGAGAGGCCUGUAAUUUUUCAUCAUAGGUACCGUCAACUAUGACAGACAAUUGAGAAGAAAAAAAAUCCAGAAAUCACAUUGUAGGAUUUUUAAUGAAUUUAUUUGCAAAUUAUGGUGGAAAAUAAGUAUUUGGUCACCUAAAAAACAAGCAAGAUUUCUGGCUCUCACAGACCUGUAACUUCUUCUUUAAGAGGCUCCUCUGUCCUCCACUCGCUAUCUGUAUUAAUGGCAUCUGUUUGAACUUGUUAUCAGUAUAAAUGUCACGCCCUGGCUCUGGGGACAUUGUUAUGUUGAGCCAGGGUGUGUAGAUCUAUGUGUUGUGUUUCUAUGUCGGGAUUCUAUGUAUUGUAUUUCUGUGUUGGCCAGAGUGGUUCCCAAUCAGAGGCAACGAGUGUCAGCUGUUGCUGGUUGUCUCUGAUUGGGAGCCAUACUUAUAGAGGCUGUUUUCCCACAUUAGUUGUGGGAUCUUGUUCUAGUUGGUUUGUGUUAGACCGUUGACUGUCACGUUAUCGUUUUUGUUGUUUUGGUCGUGUAUCACUAAUAAAGAGUAUGUUCGUCUGCAAUGCUGCGCCUUGGUCCUCAUCUGUUCCCGACGAUCGUGACAAUAAAAGACACCUGUCCACAACCUCAAACAGUCACACUCCAAACUCCACUAUGGCCAAGACCAAAGAGCUGUCAAAGGACACAAGAAACAAAAUUGUAGACCUGCACCAGGCUGGGAAGACUGAAUCUGCAAUAGGUAAGCAGCUUGGUUUGAAGAAAUCAACUGUGGGAGCAAUUAUUAGGAAAUGGAAGACAUACAAGACCACUGAUAAUCUCCCUUGAUCUGGGGCGCCACGCAAGAUCUCACCCCGUGGGGUCAAAAUGAUCACAAGAACGGUGAGCAAAAAUCCCAGAACCACACGGGGGGACCUAGUGUAUGACCUGCAGAGAGCUGGGACCAAAGUAACAAAGCCUACCAUCAGUAACACACUACGCCGCCAGGGACUCAAAUCCUGCAGUGCCGACGUGUCCCCCUGCUUAAGCCAGUACAUGUCCAGGCCCGUCUGAAGUUUGCUAGAGUGCAUUUGGAUGAUCCAGAAGAGGAUUGGGAGAAUGUCAUAUGGUCAGAUGAAACCAAAAUAUAACUUUUUGGUAAAAAACUCAACUUGUCGUGUUUGGAGGACAAAGAAUGCUGAGUUGCAUCCAAAGAACACCAUACCUACUGUGAAGCAUGGGGGUGGAAACAUCAUGCUUUGGGGCUGUUUUUCUGCAAAGGGACCAGGACGACUGAUCCGUGUAAAGGAAAGAAUGAAUGGGGCCAUGUAUCGUGAGAUUUUGAGUGAAAACCUCCUUCCAUCAGCAAGGGCAUUGAAGAUGAAACGUGGCUGGGUCUUUCAGCAUGACAAUGAUCCCAAACACACCGCCCGGGCAACGAAGGAGUGGCUUCGUAAGAAGCAGUUCAAGGUCCUGGAGUGGCCUAGCCAGUCUCCAGAUCUCAACCCCAUAGAAAAUCUUUGGAGGGAGUUGAAAGUCUGUGUUGCCCAGCGACAGCCCCAAAACAUCACUGCUCUAGAGGAGAUCUGCAUGGAGGAAUGGGCCAAAAUACCAGCAACAGUGUGUGAAAAACCUUGUGAAGACUUACAGAAAAGUUUGACCUGUGUCAUUGCCAACAAAGGUUAUAUAACAAAGUAUUGAGAAACUUUUGUUAUUGACCAAAUACUUAUUUUCCACCAUAAUUUGCAAAUAAAUUCAUAAAAAAUCCUACAAUGUGAUUUUCUGGAUUUAUUUUUCUCAUUCUGUCUGUCAUAGUUGACGUGUACCUAUGAUGAAAAUUACAGGCCUCUCUCAUCUUUUUAAGUGGGAGAACUUGCACAAUUGGUGGCUGACUAAAUACUUUUUCCCCCACUGUAGUUAUAUAGGGGGGUUGGUGUACUAUAUAGUUAUAUAGGGGGGUUUUUGUGUAAAUAUAUAUAGGGGGUUGUGUAAAUAUAGUUUUAGGGGGGUGCUGUUUAAUAUAUAGUUAUAUAGGGGGGUUGUGUAAUAUAUAGUUAUAUGGGGGGUUGUGUAAUAUCAGUAUAUAGGGGGGUUGUGUAAUAUAUAGUUAUAUAUGGGGGGGUUUUGUGUUAUAUAGUUAUAUAGGGGGGUUGUUGUAAUCAUCUAGUUUACUAUGGGGGGUUUGUAUACUUCGUUCAUCUAGGGGGGUUUGUGUAUCAUAUAUAGUUAUUAUUUUUUCUAGUUUGGGGGUUGGUGUAUCCUCAUGUUUCUAUGGGGGGGUUGUGUACCUAUACUCGUUUAUCUGGGGGGUUGUGUAUUUAGUUUUAGCGGGGGUUGUAUAUCCUAUUACGUUUCUAGGGGGGUUUUGUACUCUUUGAUCGUUGGUUAGUGGCUCUCGUGUUUGCUUGUUUGUUUUUACUCGUUUUUCUUCAUUUCUUGGGGGGUUGUGUCUUAUGUUAUGGGGGGUUGUGUAACUCUAGUUUAUUGGGGGGUUGUGUAAUCUUAGGUAUUAGGGGGGUUGUGUAAAUUAGUUACUAUCAGGGUGGGUUGUUCUUAUUGUGUCUCUUCUUAUCAGGGGUGUUGUGUUUAGUUAUCUGGGGGGUUGUGUACUAUAUAGUUUAUAGGGGGGUUGUGUAAUAUCAUAUAUGUUAUGUAGGGGGGUUGUGUAAUAUAUAGUUAUAUAGGGGGGUUGUGUAAUAUAUAGUUUAUAUGGGGGGUUGUGUAAUUAUAUGUUAUUGGGGGGUUGUGCCUAAAUAUACGUUAUAUGGGGGUGUUGUGUCUAAUUAGUAUAGGGGGGUUGUGUUCAUAGUUAGUUAUAUAGGGGGGUUUGUGUACUAUAUAGUUAUGGGGGGUUGUGUAAUAUAUAGUUAUCAUGGGGGGUUUUUGUACAUAUCUAGUUAUCUGGGGGGUUUGUGUAAUUAUGUUUUGGGGGGUUGUGUAUAUAUGUUAUAUAGGGGGGUUGUGUACUAUCAUAUAGUUAUAUAGGGGGGUUGUGUAAUAUAUAGUUAUAUUAUUGUUUCUGUCCUUUUCAACAGUGUGUGUGUGUGUGUGUGUGUGUGUGAAUGCAUUUUGUGUGUGAAUGUUUGUGUAUGUUAUUUGAAAUGGUGUGUUUUUGUCCUGUACUGUGUGUGUGUAUAUGCUUGCGUGUUUGUGUGUAUGCUUGAGUGUGUUUGUGAUGCAUGUGUGUAUACCUGUGUGUGUGUGUAUACCUGUGUGUGUACCUGUGUGUGUGUGUACCUGUGUGUGUGUGUGUACCUGUGUGUGUGUAUACCUGUGUGUGUGUGUGUAUACCUGUGUGUGUGUAUACCUGUGUGUGUGUAUACCUGUGUGUGUGUAUACCUGUGUGUGUGUGUAUACCUGUGUGUGUGUGUACCUGUGUGUGUGUAUACAUGGUGUGUGUGUGUGUGUGUAUACCUGUGUGUGUGUGUAUACCUGUGUGUGUGUGUAUCCUGUGUUGUGUGUGUAUACCGUGUGUGUGUGUAUACCUGUGUGUAUACCUGUGUGUGUGUGUGUACCUGUGUGUGUGUGUAUACCUGUGUGUGUGUGUGUAUACCUGUGUGUGUGUAUAUACCUGUGUGUGUGUAUAUACCUGUGUGUGUGUGUAUACCUGUGUGUGUGUAUACCUGUGUGUGUGUGUGUAUACCUGUGUGUGUGUGUGUAUACCUGUGUGUGUGUGUGUAUACCUGUGUGUGUGUGUAUACCUGUGUGUAUACCUGUGUGUGUGUGUAUACCUGUGUGUGUGUAUACCUGUGUGUGUGUGUAUACCUGUGUGUGUAUAUACCUGUGUGUGUGUGUGUAUACCUGUGUGUGUGUGUAUACCUGUGUGUGUGUGUGUGUAUACACCUGUGUGUGUGUAUAUACCUGUGUGUGUGUGUAUACCUGUGUGUGUGUAUACCUGUGUGUGUGUGUAUACCUGUGUGUGUGUGUACCUGUGUGUGUGUAUACCUGUGUGUGUGUAUACCUGUGUGUGUGUGUAUACCUGUGUGUGUGUAUACCUGUGUGUGUGUAUACCUGUGUGUGUGUAUACCUGUGUGUGUGUGUAUACCUGUGUGUGUGUGUGUACCUGUGUUGUCUAAUCUCCUGUUCUCUCUCCUCAGUGUGCGUGUUCGAGCCGUGGUGAUGACACGUGACGACUCCAGUGGCGGCUGGGUACCCCUGGGGGGCGGCGGCCUCAGUCACGUGGUGAUAUGUAAGGGGAGGAGCCAUGAAGGCGGGGGACGGAGAGAAUACAUUGUACGCGGAGAGCGGCUACGCGAUCGAGCAGUGAGUCUGUGUGUCACGCCUGUCUUCAGUGCUGUGCCACCUGAGGGCCCAUCUGAGACAUGGUCUGCAUGGGACUAGUCCAUUGGUUCCAUUGUAUAUCAAGCACAGUGCAAGUAUUUUUUAAAGUAUUUGACUAAUGUAUAUAUGUUCUAACCCUAACUCUAUGGUACGGCGUUUGUGGGAGCUCUGGUUUUUGGAGGACCAUGGAAAAGUUGGUGCAGUGAUCCCCUCCACCUCCCUGUCUCUGUGUGUGUGUGCAUGUAGCCAGUGCUGGAGUGUGCUGUGCAGAAGGGGCUGGUCUACAACAAGGUGAACCCCAUCUUCCACCACUGGCGCAUGGAGGAGCGUAAGUUUGGCCUGACGUUUCAGAGUCCUGCCGACGCCAUCUCCUUCGAGCGCGGCCUACAGGCGGUCAUCCAUAAGCUGGACCGCGGCUCUGAAUCUCCUUCCUCCUCCACGCCUGAAGAGGGUGACACCGAGGACGAUGGUCAAGCGGUGAGUGGCUUUAUCCCUUUUUAUACACACAGAUCUAGGAUCAGAUUAGAUAUAGGAUCUGUUUAGUGGAGUUGCGUUUCCUUUAUUCAAUGUUGUUCUGAGGGCAGCUCUCUGGAAUUUCCUUUAUUCAAUGUUGUUCUGAGGGCAGCUCUGCCUCAAGGGCCAGAACGAAUGUGAUUGGUUCAAUUAAUGUUUAACAAUCAGUGGGCUGAGCAUACAGAGAUUGUGUUGCUCACUCUGUCUGUCGGUCCUGGAUCAAGACCGUCAUAUGAUUGUGCCGGUCCUGGAUCAAGACCGUCAUAUGAUUGUGUCGGUCCUGGAUCAAGAUGGUCAUAUGAUCCGUGACGGUCACGAUCAAUGACCGUCAUACGAUUGUGUCGGUCCUGGAUCAAGACCGUAAUAUGAUUGUGUCGGUCCUGGAUCAAGACCGUAAUAUGAUUGUGUCGGUCCUGGAUCAAGACCGUCAUAUGAUUGUGUUGGUCAUGGAUCAAGACCGUCAUAUGAUUGUGACGGUCCUGGAUCAAGACCGUCAUAUAUAUGAUUGUGUUGGUCCUGGAUCAAGACUGUCAUAUAUAUGAUUGUGUCGGUCCUGGAUCAAGACCGUCAUAUGAUUGUGUCGGUCCUGGAUCAAGACCGUCAUAUGAUUGUGUUGGUCAUGGAUCAAGACCGUCAUAUGAUUGUGACGGUCCUGGAUCAAGACCGUCAUAUAUAUGAUUGUGUCGGUCCUGGAUCAAGACUGUCAUAUAUAUGAUUGUGUCGGUCCUGGAUCAAGACCGUAAUAUGAUUGUGUCGGUCCUGGAUCAAAAUGGUCAUAUGAUUGUGUCGGUCCUGGAUCAAGACCGUCAUAUAUAUGAUUGUGUCGGUCCUGGAUCAAGACCGUAAUAUGAUUGUGUCGGUCCUGGAUCAAAAUGGUCAUAUGAUUGUAUCGGUCCUGGAUCAAGACCGUCAUAUGAUUGUGUCGGUCCUGGAUCAAGACCGUCAUAUGAUUGUGUCGGUCCUGGAUCAAGACCGUCAUAUGAUUGUGUCGGUCCUGGAUCAAGACUGUCAUAUGAUUGUGUCGGUCCUGGAUCAUGUUGUGUACUGAGAAUAGAAUGUCCAUGGACCUGUAGUCUAUGUGAGUCUGUGGUACAUGUGUGAUGACCUGUAGUCUCUGUGUGGUAGCUCAGUUGGUAGAGCAUGGCGCUUGCAACGCCAGGGUUGUGGGUUCGAUUCCCACGGGGGACCAGAAUGAAAAUGUAUGCAUUCACUAACUGUAAGUCGCUCUGGAUAAGAGCAUCUGCUAAAUGACUAAAAUGUAAAAAAUGUACAUGUGUGAAGACCUGUAGUCUCUGUGAGUCUGUGGUACAUGUGUGAUGAGCUGUAGUCUCUGUGAGUCUGUGGUACAUGUGUGAUGAGCUGUAGCAUACAAAUAUAAUCUAUUUUCUAAACAUCUAGAUUCUAUUUCUAUGAGUUGUAGUGUGUCAGUCUACAUGACCUCUGAUGACCUGUAGUGUGUCAGUCUACAUGACCUCUGAUGACCUGUAGUGUUUCAGUCUCUGGAGCUCAAGGAUGUCUCUGUACUUUGCUCCGUUCAUCUUUCCCUCGAUCCUGACUAGUCUCCCAGUCCCUGCCGCUGAAAAACAUCCCCACAGCAUGAUGCUGCCACCACCAUGCUUCACCGUAGGGAUGGUGCCAGGUUUCCUCCAGACGUGACGCUUGGCAUACAGGCCAAAGAGUUCCAUCUUGGUUUCAUCAGACCAGAGAAUCUUGUUUCUCAUGGUCUGAGUCCUUUAGUGCCUUUCGGCAAACUCCAAGCGGGCUGUCAUGUGCCUUUUACUGAGGAGUGGCUUCCGUCUGGCCACUCUACCAUAAAGGUCUGAUUGGUGGAGUGCUGCAGAGAUGGUUGUCCUUCUGGAAGGUUCUCCCAUCUUCACAGAGGAACUCCCUGACCAAGGCCCUUCUCCCCCGAUUGCUCAGUUUGCCCGGGUGUCCAGCUCUAGGAAGAGUCUGGGUGAUUCCAAACUUCUUCCAUUUAAGAAUGAUGGAGGCCACUGUGUUCUUGGGGACCUUCAAUGCUGCAGAAUGUUUUUGGUAACCUUCCCCAGAUCUGUGCCUCGACACAAUCCUGUCUGGGAGCUCUACGGACAAUUCCUUCGACCUCAUGGUUUGGUUUUUGCUCUGACAUGCACUGUCAACUGUGGGACCUUAUAUAGACAGGUGUGUACCUUUCCAAAUCAUGUUCCGAUCAAUUCAAUUUACCACAGGUGUACUCCAAUCAAGUUGUAGAAACAUCUCAAGGAUGAUCAAUGGUAACAGGAUGCACCUGAACUCAAUUUCGAGUCACAUAGCAAAGGGUCUGAAUACUUACGUAAAUAAGGUAUUUCUGUUUUAAAAUUUUUAGUAAACUUGCAAACAUUUCUAAAAACCAGUUUUCACUUUGUCAUUAUGGGGUAUUGUGUGUAGAUUGAUGAGGGAUUUUUUUUAUUUAAACCAUUUUAGAAUAAGGCUGUAACGUAACAAAAUGUGGAAAAAGUCAAGAGGUCUGAAUACUUUUCGAAUGUAACAACAAACAACCUUCAAUUUAUUGCAUUUUCAUCUCUUAUGAAAAUGAAAAUAAACCAACAAAUAUACUGAACAAAAAUAUAAACGCAACAUGCAACAAUUUCAAUGAUUUUACUGAGCAACAGUUCAUAUAAGGAAAUCAAACAAUUGAAAUUAAUUAGGCCCUAAUCUAUGGAUUUCACAUGACUGGGCAGGGGAUGCAGCCAUGUGUGGGCCUGGGAGGGCAUAGACCCACCCACCAGCCAAUCAGAAUUAGUUUUUCUCACAAAAGGGCUUUAUUAUAGACAGACGAUCCCGCAGGUGAAGAAGCCAGAUGUGGAGGUCCUGGGCUGCAAUGGUUACACGUGGUCUGCUGUUAUGAGGCCGAUUGGACGUAAUGCCAAAUACUCUAAAACGACGUUGGAGGUGGCUCAUGGUAGAGAAAUUAACAUUCAAUUCUCUGCCAACAGCUCUGGUGGACAUUCCCUCAAAACUUGAGACAUCUGUGGCAUUGUGUUGUGUGACAAAACUGCACAUUUUAGAGUGGCCUUUUAUUGUCCCCAGCACAAGGUGCCCCUGUGUAAUGAUCAUGCUGUUUAAUCAGCUUCUUGAUAUGCCACACCUGUCAGGUGGAUGGAUUAUCUUGGCAAUGGAGAAAUGCUCACUAACAGGGAUGUAAACAAAUUUCUGCACAAAAUUGGGGGAAAUUAGCUUUUUGUGCAAAUGGAACAUUUCUGGGAUCUUUUAUUUCAGCUCAUGAAACAUGAGACCAACACUUUACAUGUUGCGUUUAUAUUUUUGUUCAGUAUACAUUUACUCAAUAACAUUAUAUCCAAUCAUUUGUAUAGUGUCCUAUGCAACAACCUGUUAAACCAUAAUGUUUUGUUCCUAGAUUAUGUUUUAUUUAAAAAAAUGUAUAAAACAUUUUGGCGACCAAGUUGCACCAAGACCCCACUGGGGGUCGCGACCCCGACCAAAUACCACUGGUCUAAAGUUUAAUGACGUGUAGUGUGUCAGUCUACAGUGUGAUGACCUCUGACCUGUAUUGUCAGUCUACAGUGUGAUGACCUCUGACCUGUAGUAUCAGUCUACAGUGUGAUGACCUCUGACCUGUAUUGUCAGUCUACAGUGUGAUGACCUCUGACCUGUAGUGUCAGUCUACAGUGUGAUGACCUCUGACCUGUAUUGUCAGUCUACAGUGUGAUGACCUCUGACCUGUAGUGUGUCAGUCUACAGUGUGAUGACCUCUGACCUGUAGUAUCAGUCUACAGUGUGAUGACCUUUGACCUGUAGUGUGUCAGUCUACACUGUGAUGACCUCUGACCUGUAGUGUGAGUCAGUCUACAGUGUGAUGACCUUUGACCUGUAGUGUGUCAGUCUACACUGUGAUGACCUCUGACCUGUAGUGUGAGUCAGUCUACACUGUGAUGACCUCUGACCUGUAGUGUGUCAGUCUACAGUGUGAUGACCUCUGACCUGUAGUGUCAGUCUACAGUGUGAUGACCUCUGACCUGUAGUGUGUCAGUCUACAGUGUGAUGACCUCUGACCUGUAGUGUCAGUCUACACUGUGAUGACCUCUGACCUGUAGUGUGAGUCAGUCUACAGUGUGAUGACCUCUGACCUGUAG